CAAUAUUAUUUAUUCUAUAUACACCGAAUACAACAGAAAGGCUCCCAAAUCUCAUCACUCUAACGCCUAGACUCCCACAGGAUCAAAGUCGUCACAAUGCAGACCGCAGGAGAUAUCCCCCUUCUCAUUACUUCGGAUAACUCUUCAUCGGAGCGCCGAAUCACACCCUCAUGGACCAUCGGCCAGCUGAAGUCGAAGCUCGAGGCCGUCACAGGCGUACCUCCGUUGUCGCAGAAGAUCACACUCCGUGUCAACCAACAGGGCAUUCCCGUUGAAGCCGCGGAUGAAGAGAACACUCAACUUGCUUCCUUCCCCUUGGCCCCUUACGCCGAGCUACACGUUGCCGACACUCGCCCUCCCGGCGCACGCCCAAACUUCACCGAUGCCUCCACCGUCGAGAAGUAUGUGAUGCCUGCUGAGGAAUACGAGCAGAAGAGCGACAGCGUGCUUGCAUGGAAGAAGGCACAGAAGCUCGGACGCUUCAAUCCCGACGCACCUACUAUCGAGGAAGCCAAGAUCAAGGCCUACCAGACCGAAAUCGAUUCGAGGGGCAUUGCCGUUGGUAAGAGGUGCCGUGUGGGGGGGGACGACAGUCGCCGGGGCGAGAUCAUGUACGUUGGGGAUGUGGAGGAGAUUCCAGGAUCAUUGGGUUCUUGGGUGGGCGUGAGAUUGGAUGAACCGGUGGGAAAGAAUGAUGGCAGUGUCGGUGGCACCAGAUACUGGGGGGAGGAGGGGGGACCCAAGCAUGGAGUGUUUGUGAGGCCAGAGCGGGUGGAGGUCGGCGACUGGGAACCCGUUGACGAUUUAGAUGAUAUGGAGGAGAUCUGAGUAGGUCACACAUUACGCUCAAGAUGCACGCCACCUAGCUCAGUGAAGUUUAGAAGCUCCAGUAGGCGUGACAGUUGUUUAGUCAAUACCAUGGAUGGCGUUGAUAUGGGCAAGGCCCAGCCUCCCGUCUGGAAGCCACAGCCACAAGAUUGCCCUAUUACAACCACUGUGCAAGUCGGGUAACUGCCGAUGACAUGAUAGAUGCUGCAAGGCUGCUCGUGACCUACUGGGCGGCUGCGCCGGCAGAGAUUAUUCAGGAA